AUGAGGCGCCACGAGAUGCCCAGGGACGGUGGCAGGGAGGUUGGCGUGCAGAUGUCCCGCAGCGAGUCCUCGGUGGGCCGUUGCACGCCACAGACACCUCUCGGCCUGCCCGACAGCGUUAGCGUGGACUCCAACCCAAUGCCCACCAUAUAUCGAUGCCGCGCCCCAAUAGCGUCGCUUGAUUGUAUGGACGAUUUUAGUGCCAACUCACAGCAAAUGUUGGAUCAAGCGGGAGAAGUAAACGUCUCCAAACACAUGUCGAGCUAUUUGGGCAAUCAUACCAGCAUGCCCUCCGUAGUAACUCCGGGGCUACGCUACAGGAAUCUUGGCAAAUCUGGCCUCCGCGUCCCCAACAUUGGGCUCGGAAUGUGGACAAUAAUCAACGAAGACUCCGCCGAAGACAUCGUCAUGACAGCUCUUGAGAACGGCAUCAACUUGUUUGACUUGUCAGAAGCACAUUGCGCUAAGGGCGAAGCGGAAUUAGGAAGAAUUCUCAAGAAGCGGAACGUCAGAAGAACGAGCAUUAUAAUAACCACUAAAAUAUACUGGAGCACCAAAUCGGAUGAACGCGGCCUCUCUCGAAAGCACAUUAUCGAGAGUGUCAAAGCGUCGCUAGCCCGUCUCCAGGUUGAAUAUAUAGACGUGGUUUUGUUGCACAAAGUGGACCCUGUCUGUCCUAUGGAAGAGCUAGUUCGAGCCAUGAACUUCGUGAUUAAUCAGGGAUGGGUGAUGUAUUGGGGCACAGCGCGCUGGUCACCAUCAGAGAUUAUGGACGCGUACACAAAUUGUCGACAGUUCAAUUGCAUUACACCGAUAGUUGAGCAGACUGAAUACCAUAUGUUCUGCAGAGAGAAACCCGAGCUGUACAUGCCAGAGCUGUACCACAAGAUAGGUGUCGGAAUGAUGGCGUGGUCCGCUAUCACAACUGGCAAAGGUCUCGGUCGCGAGGAGAUCACCGGUCUAUUUGCCAAGUCACGGUUCAACAGGAAAUAUAGCACAUUCAGCUGGUGCGAGGAAGACCUCGCUGUCCCCGAAUUACGCAUCUCGGGCAGUAAGGAGCAAGUGACGGGCGAGGAACCACGCACCUACGGAGACAAGCUAAGGGAUCUUUGUAACCUUGCGGAUACCAUGAACUGUUCGAUGAGUCAAUUGGCAGUGGCAUGGUGUCUCAAAAAUGAUUCGGUGAACUGCCUCCUGCUUGGCGCCACCAGCGUCGAGCAAUUUAAAGAAAACAUACACGCGUUACAGAUAGUGCCACAGCUGACACCAUCAGCAAUGGUAGAGAUCGAGCGUCUACUUGCCAACAAGCCCCAGCGACCGCCCAUGGUAUCAACCCUUGCGAUGCGUAACCAGCAGAAUAACAACACUGUUCGCCUUGACAUGACGGGCGGUACGGCUUCUGGAAGCGGUUCACCAAAGCCCGAAGGCGAGGCGGCAGUUGAGGGUGAAGUCACCACUCCCGGCAAGGAUAAAUCAAAGGAAUCGCUCAAGGAAUCAAAACCGAAAUUCUUUUUGAACAACGCGGGCGAAGUCAUCAAACGCACGGAACAAGAUGGCGUAUCAACAGACGUUGUGGUGUCAGUAUCAUCGUUGAAAGGCAAACAACCUGCCACGGGUGGUAGCAAAGUGAAGAAAUCGAAAUCAGAAUCGUCGCCUCCACGAUCCUCCUCUCUACAAAGAUCAAAUUCAGGCACGCUGUCAGUCUCAAAGGAUCGCAGACGUUCAAGACUCGACCUAGCUUCUCCCGCCGAUAACUAA